UGCAGCCGCUCGCGCCCACCAGCGUCACCACUGCCGGCCUCAUCGGGCACUUAGCACCCACAUAGUAGGCCCGCACGAGGAGCGCAGGGGCAGCGGCCAUGGAGCCAUUCCCCCUACCUACCUGCCGAACCUUGUUCCCACGAUGGAGGACUACGCAGGACAGAAGUUAAGUAGAGCAUCUUCCCCGGAUCGUCACGAUCUGCCUCUGCGCCUCGCUCCCACCUUCCCUUCCUCCCUUCCGCUGCGCCAUGAGAUCGUGAAUAGCUUCACUUUCGUAGUCUUCUUUCUCUUCUCUUCUCUUGCCUUGCCAGCUCUGCCUUUCUCUCCCUCCCUGCUGAGCAGGCUUUCCAUUCCUUUGUACAGAAUUGUCAGCUUUCGCUUCGCUUCGUUUCUAUACGAACUCCAUUUACCUUCACUUCGCACCACCCGCACUCAUACACCAUGGUUGCUAUUCUCCCUUCGCUCCUUGCAUACGCUGCGCUGGCAGCUGCAAGCGCAGCCGCCGACCGCCCGGCACCGCGGGCCGUGGACAAGCUUGACGACGCGGCAACUGCCGAGGCCCAGCAGAGGGACGACAACGCCACGAGGGCCUUCUCGGACGUUCAGAUCAAGACCUCCGACGGCCGCUGUCUCUUCGUUGACAAGCUCUCUGGUGACUUCCGCGAAAACUUGACUCCGAUCCAGGUCGGCACCUGUGGCGCAACAGGCGGCCAGGGAUGGGAUAUCAUUACGAGCGGGAAGCACAACAAUGCCGCCAACUCGAUGCUCGUCGUGAGCACUCUGACCCAGGCCUGCUUCAACUUCGACCCCCGAAGAGCUGGAGGAAACCAGGUCCUGCUCUUCUCCUGUGGCGGCCGAGCUGACGGAGGUGGCGAGGUCACAAACUCUCAGCUCUUCACCUUCGGUGGUGGAGCCGGGCCCCUGUCUUUCCAGCCCGAGAAUGAACAGGGCUCAUGCUUCACCGUCAAUGGCAACGUCCUUGACAUCGCCAAGUGCAAUGCCGGCGACGCCAAGCAGUCCUUCACAUUCGGCAGGGCUGCCGCUGCCGAUGGCGGCAAUGGAAACGGCAAUGGCAAUGGCAACGGUGACGGCAGUGGUGACAGCAACACACAGACCACGGCUGCUGCCGAUACUCAAAACACGGCUACCGCCGAUACCCAAAACACGGCUACUGCCGAUGCCCAAAACACGGCUACCGCUGAGACGCAAGGCACUGCUACUGCCGAUACGCAAAGUACGACUGCCGUCAACGCGCAAACCACCGCUGCGCCAAAGGCCACGACGUGUCCCGCAAAACCGAGAAAAAACAGGUUGAGGAAAAACAAGUCGAAAUGCAACCAGCGCACAAGGACCGUCACCUUACCGGGCGUCGCCGCCGGUGCCGCGAGCUUCGACCCGGCCGACCUGCUACCCGCCUCGACGGCCGCGCCCGAAGCCGCGACGACCGCGGCGGCAGGCGGAGGAGGCGCGAUCGCGACGGCGAGCCCGACGACGCCGGUGCCGGUCUCGGGGGCCCGCGGCACGCUCGACCCGACGGCGGCGGCCGAGGCCAACCGGCGCGACGGCACGGCCACGCGCGCCUUCAGCAACGUCGAGAUCCGCGCCCCCAACGGCCAGUGCCUGUCCAUCGACCCGACCGCCGGCGACUUCCGCCAGAACCUGAUCCCCGUGGGCCUGGUCGACUGCGCCGGCACCCCCAACGAGAAGUGGGAUGUCAUCUCGGCGGGCGUGCACAACGAUAGGCCCGAGUCGGCUCUUAUCGUCAGCACUCUGACUCAGGGCUGCAUCAGCUUUGAUGGCCGCAGACAACCGGGUGACACCGUUACGCUGUUUUCAUGUGGUGGCCGCGCUGAUGGAAGCGGAGAAACGAACACUGGCCAGCUGAUGCCUUUCAUCGGCGCCCUCAGCUUCGCCUUCGCCCCUGAGAGCGAGAAUGGCAAGACAUGCAUCCUUCCCGGCGAUGCUGGCCGGUUGGACUCCGGCCCCUGCCCCAAGGAGCUUGGGCCGGAGUUGUUCUCCAUCUUCCCCGACUAAAAACGGAGUGUGUUGUGAGACCAGGACAGCUUGCGAGGGUCCGUUAUUGUGCCUCUUGAGGCUGGUUCAUGUACCAUUAGCAUGGACACCCUUUACCUUCUUACUGCUGUAUAUUGUAUUAAAUGCCUUAGCUUUAUGUCUGUAUGGAUGCUGUUUCAUUCUCCAAUCCUUCUGUGUUGAUAGAUAGCCUGCUAGUGUUGUGCCAGUGGCUUGGUAUCGAUGCUGUCGAUUGUAGGAGUUAGGCAUGGGUGGUUGUCAAGGCAGCAAAGAAUCGAUAUUUCCAGCCAGGUCUUCUUACCUUUGCAAUCCGUUUCACCAAGGGCAGAGAUACAAUGUGUCUUAACAAUAUUUUAUUGUUUUAAAUAUACACAAUCAAAUCAAAGCCUCAUGCUAAACCU